AAAAUUGUCACUCUAUCAGGGACACCAACCGUAGAAAACCCCAGAUUCCGUUACUAGAGUAGAAUGGGCACGUUGAGGGGAUAAAGCCAUUUAGAAUAGAAGAACAACAAAUUUAAAAGUGCUCUCCACGUGGUGAUGUAACAUGAAAUUGUCUGUUCUCCAGAGAUGAUGGAGGAGAACCGGGGAAUUGUUGUUCUGCAUCAAGACGAGAAUUACCUGGUGGUAAACAAGCCCUACGACAUGGUCGUGAACAGCAAUGAUGCUUCAAAAGUCACGCUGCAGACGGAGAUCAGGAGGCUGUUUCCUCACUUGGUGAACCCAGAUCUGAAGCAUGAGUUUCAUUUUGUUCAUAGAUUGGACUAUGCCACGAGUGGGGUGAUUUGCGUUGCUCUCUGUCGAAAUUCCGCUCGAGCUGCCUCGGCUAGCUUCGAGAAGAGAUGUGCCAGGAAGUAUUAUCUGGCACUGGUUCAUGGACAUGUGGAAGAGGAUUCUCUGGUUGUCAGAGAGGCCAUUGGGGAAGACAUUCGAGAACUCCUGGGUAACAAAAGAAUGUGCACCAGCGACCAAGUCCACUGCCAAAACCCCCGAGACUGUGUCACAGCAAUACUAGUGCUCGAAAAAGGCCUGAGAAACGGAAAACCUGCGACGAAGGUUCUCCUGCGCCCCGGGACUGGACGUAGACACCAGCUGCGAGUGCACUGUUCCCACAUAGGGCACACCAUCAUCGGGGAUUACACCUACAGCAAUCGCCAGGACCACGAGCCCCACCGAACAUUUCUCCACUCGUUCAGAUUGAUCUUGGAGAGUGACCUUGGCCAUCUGGACAUCCAGACAUCAGAUCCUUUCGACACGUCGGACGAUAAAAACGAGUGGAGCCCCACAGAAGUCCUCAGGAGGAUCGACGAAGACGCAUUUUCAGCUAUUGACAAAUUAUUCCCCUGAGAAAACGUAUUUCUUACGCUUUGGUGACUCUCUACUGCUCAAUAAAUAUUAUUUCGUUAUAAAAUGGACGACCCGAAGACUCCAGCCUGCGUGAUAUCGAAUGCGAGUGAUGCACGAGGCACAUACGAGGACUCCCUGACGUGGAUAUGACGUUGAUCAUUAACUCUGCAGAAAUUAAUUGAAUUCGUCACUUGGCAGGCCCAGGUGACCCCUAAUACUGGCUUGUUAUCGUGACAGAGGGAUUUCCCUGCUCCCAUAUUGGCAGAUACCUUUUUUUAUAAAAUAAGAAUUAAUUAUAAAAAUUAAUUACAAGACAAAUUAAUUAAUUUGAUU